UCUCUCUCUCUCUCUCUCUCAUUCUCUCGUUGACAUAUGACAUACGGUCCUUUCGUCUUGCAAGUUGCAACAAGUGUAGUAUCGCGAAUUAAUGGCGUUUUGUAUCAACGGUAGCUCAAAUAGAUUUCUUUUUAGAGAGUGAAAUAUGUGAAGAAAAUUUUGAUUUAAAAAUCGAAACAUUAAAUCAAAAUGUCAAGAUUAAAAAAGCUUGGAAAAAGUGAGGUAAGAAGUUCGUCAGAACCAAGAAGUUACAAAUAUAACCCUGAUUGGGAAAAAGAAUCAUGGGCAAAAGGUUGGCUAACCAAAAGUAAAGAGUAUGAUAAGCAAGCUCAUUGUAUGGCUUGCAAUAAAAAUUAUAGAGCACACCAUAAGGAUUUACAAAAACUUGGUACUGAGAUGGUUAUUCAUAAGCAGAAUAUGGACAAGAUUCACAUAAAGCAAAAAAAAAAUAACUAAAAUGUGCGAUACAGCUUCCAAAGACGAAACUAAAAUUCGCGACAUGCAACUGGCUGUAUUUUUGGCUUGUCAAACUGCAGUUGGUAAAAUGCGUAUGCCAUGCUUUAAAUUUGGCGGCCUCUGCUGCAGCGGACGAGUUUCCGGCGCAUAUUGAUUUUCUAAUAAGAGAAGUGUACAACUGGUUCUCUAACAGUCCGAAAAGAAAGGCGCAGUAUAAAAGUUUAUGGGAAACCAUUAAUGCAGCCUGUGAGGACAGUGAGGAAAUGCCAAAAACAUUUCACGCUUUUGUAAAGCUAGCCGAUACGCGAUGGCUCGCACGCUAUAAUGCCAACUACAGACAUUGUCCGCAAUGCUAAAUGAUAUAUAUAUAUAUAUAUCUAACUACUUAUAUGUACGUAUAAUAAAACCUAAUAUACUAUCCGAAUUAAACGACGUCAAUAUGGCAUUUCAGAGCGAAAGCGUUAAUACAAGUUGCGCUUACGAUGACCUUAUUAACCUAAUAACAUUAUUAGCAACAAAACUAUUGAAACCUUCAUCUGUGUCACAAGAUAUUGAAGAACUUGUCGAAUCGAAUACAAAUACGCAUUAUUAGAAUAUAAAGAUAAGAUAAAAAAAGAAGAACAACAAGAGAUUGAGAGUAGAGCAGUUAACUACAUCAGAAGCAAUCAUGUGCAUUCAGUUAAUCCAAAGAUUACCAGAAAAUUUAAAAUAUUUUCGAAAAUUAAAAACACUUUCACCUGUAGUUUGCUUGAGCCCAAAGCGGUCAAAAUUCGAGGAUCUGCCAUUUCUAGAAGUAUUUGCUAAUAAAGCUGAAUUUGGUCUGCUAGAAAAGCAAUAUAACAAAUUGUUAAAUAUAAAUUGGUCAGAGACUUUGAGUGGCAAAGAACUUGCUGACGCGCAUACCUUUUGGGCAAAAGUCUACGUCUUUGAAAAUGCAGGAGGCAAGUUCAUUUUUCGUGAACUAGCAACGUUCGUACUUACUUUGCUAAGUAUGCCAUCAACUAAUGCAGUAGUGGAACGCGUAUUUUCGGUAAUGAACAGCGUAAGAACAAAAUUUCGCAAUAGGAUGCUAUUAAAACCGUUAGAUUCAAUAUUAAGGAUUAGAACUUGUUGCCGAAAUUUCAUUCCGAGUAAAGAAAUGUUAAAAGAUUUCAAUGCAAAAGUUUUAUACAGCGAUAAGUACGAAACUGAUGAAGAAUCAAAAAAACAAUCUCAAAAAGACAGAAUGCAGAACUGGCUGAGGUAGAAAAUCUUGAAAUUAGAUAUAGAUUAUCCAUGCAUUAGUUUAAGUGAAUGUGUAUUUUAAAACAAAAAAUAUAUUUAUAAACAAGGCAGAACUGACCGAGGUAGAAAAUCUACUAGAAUUAGUUUAAGCGAGUGUACAUUUUAGAAAAAUCGUUAUUUAUAAUAUUUUUAUAAAUUUGAAAAUAAUAUAAAUGCAUAAAAGAUUUGAUGUCAAUUACUGUGAGAUUUUAAUUUCCUUACUUUGAUUAUUGUUUUUUCCCAUAUGGGUAUACUUAUUUAUAUAUUUAAACUAUUCAAUUAUUUUACUCGGGUUAUUUGGAUUUGAGUAUUUACAAUUAUUUCAUCAAUCUACGUGGGUUAUUGAGUUUUGAGUAUUCACGUUUUAAGUAUUUCUUUGAUAUAGUUUAUAUUAACCGAAUUUUCUUAAUUAUACGAUGGUUUUACGUGGGGCAAUUAUGUUUUAUUAAUUUAGUUUUAGUGUGCGAUUUAUGCGCGAUUUCGGGAGUUUGAAUUGGCGGUUUUGUGCGACUUUACGCCCGAUAGGUGGCCAAACCUGCACUCUCGCAGUGUCUGGUCACCCUGCAGAAUAUAUAUGCAGAUCGAGCGUGUCGUGUCUCCCCUUGUUUGCUUCAGCUGUGGCUUUUCGCGCUCCAGACAUCAGCCGCCAUCGAUUCGGUUUAUUUAUUAUUGACUUUUAGUUAUCUUUUAUAUCUUUAUGUGAAUAAAGUAAAUAGUUUGUAGUGAA